UAAUCCCACCCUGCAGAUCCAUGGGCCUGGCUCCACCCUCCCUGGAUCAGUCAUCAUGAUGCUCGGCCCCUCGUUCCUCCACCGACCCCUCCUUCAUCRACUCCUGUCGGAGGUCUGCAACAACGCAUGCAGGCACCUCUCCACAAAAGGCCACACCCCUCAGUCUGUGAUUGGUCAGGACUYGUUUGAGGUGUUAGGCCACUCCUACCCCCGUGAUGACUUCACCAACAUUACUCCUAAGAUCUUGGCCAAGGUGGGAGUCAACCUUCACAACCAACAGCAUCAUCCUCUGUGGCGGAUCAAAGAGCGGAUCAAAGCUUUCUUCUACAGCUCCUUCAUUGCUCGCUCAGGAAACCCACUUUUCUCAGUCUACGACCACCUGAGUCCUGUGGUGAGCGUGGAGCAGAACUUUGACAG